AUGUCAGAGCCCCUCGACCACUGCUCCAGCUGCUACCUCCCGACGUCAUGGCUCGCGCUGCCGCUGCUUGCGAAGAAGGAGUACAACUACGACAGCACGCUCUACUCCUUUGGCCUUCCCGAGGGCCAGUCGCUCAACCUGCCCGCCGCAAGGCGGACGGUGGCAAGGACGACUUUGACGGCUCAGACGCGGUCCGCCCGUACGGUGAGCGACAACAGCGUGCUGGGCAAGUUUGACCUGCUCAUCAAGCGGUACGACGGUGGCGCCGUCUCGCAGUACCUGCACGCGCUGCCGAUCGGUGCCGAGGUGAGCUUCAAGCACAUCAAAUUCAACAUCAAGGCCCAGUACCCGUUCGCAGGCAAGACGACGUUCACGCUCAUCGCCGCGGGCACGGGCAUCGCGCCCAUGUACCAGGCGCUGUGGAAGCUGAUGGGCACCGAGGGCGACAACCGGAAGGUGACGCUCAUCUAUGGAAACAAGAGCCCCGAGGACAUCCUGCUCAAGGAGGAGCUCGACGGCUGGGCAAGCAGGUCUGCGGGCCGGCUCAAGAUCGUGCACGUCGUCGGCAACCAGCCCGACGACCCGGCGCCUCCCGGCUGGGCCGACACGCCAACGUACACGGCCGAGACGGGGUGGGUCGACGAGGCCAAGCUCAAAAAGCACGCCUUCCCGCCUGCGGAGGACACGCUCGUCUUCGUGUGCGGGCUGCCGGGCAUGUACGCCGCGCUGUGCGGGCCGCGCAACGAGAAGGAGCUGAAGGACGGCUCCACGCUGCAAAAGCUGGGCUACACCGCUGACAUGGUCGCUAAGAUGUGA